ACUGAAAAACAGCUUCUAUCUCAAGGCCAUAAGACUGUUAAAUAGCCAUCACUAGCCGGCUACCACCCGGUUACUCAACCCUGCACCUUAGAGGCUGCUACCCUAUAUACAUAGACAUGGAAUCACUGGUCACUUUAAAAAUGUUUACAUACUGCUUUACUCAUCUCAUAUGUAUAUACUGCAUUCUACUCUAUUUUAGUCAAUGCCUCUCCGACAUUGCUCAUCCUAAUAUUUAUAUAUUUCUUCAUUCCAUUCUUUUACUUUUAGAUUUGUGUGUAUUGUUGUGAAUUGUUAGAUCCUACUGUACUGUUGGAGCUAGGAACACAAGCAUUUUGCUACACCCCUAAUAACAUCUGCUAAAUAUGGAUAUGUGACCAAUAAAAUGUGAUUUUAUUGAGAUGUAUAGAAUGCGCACCUCUGAUCUUUGCCAUUGAACGCUUCUUGUGAUAGCAAAGCCCAUAGAGGGCUUGUCCCGUCUAGUGGCAAGUGUGCCCUCUAUACAUCUCUAUGGGUCCCUGUAAGUGCGGUCUAUAACCAGAACUGGCGGCUGGAGAGAAAGAUUCUGAAUGAAAAGAUAUCUGUACAGAUAUUUGACUUACAGUAUAUAUGGCUAAUUAAGCAGCCCAUAUGAUAUUUAAUAUUUAAUAUGCCAUUUAGCAGACGCUUUUAUCAAAAGUGACUUACAGUCAUGUGCGCAUACAUUUUUACGUAUGGGUGGUCCCGGGGAUCGAACCCACUACCCUGGCGUUACAAGCGCCGUGCUCUACCAAUUGAGCUACAGAGGACCACAUCGCAGCACUUGUAGACUAGCAAAACAACGCACCAGAUGAAAGGAGAAACUACUGAUCAAACCUGAGUCGCUCGUCAAAUCUGACAUUGCCCAUUCUGAUAUUUCUUCAUUUUAAUUGUUUGGAUUUGUGUGUAUUGUUUUGUAUUGUUAGGUAUUACUGCACUGUUGGAGCUAGAAACAUAAGCAUUUCGCUGCACCUGCGAUAACAUCUGCAAAAUAUGUUUACACGACCAAUAACAUUUUAUUUUAUUAUUCUAUUUUACAAUUGUAAUAUAACGUGUCGCUUUCCACACAAUUUACUAUUGUAAUAUAACCUGUCGCUUUCCACACAAUUUACUAUUGUAAUAUAACGCGUCGCUUUCCACACAAUUUACUAUUGUAAUAUAAUGCGUUACUUUCCACACAAUGUGAUAUUGUAAAGUAGCGCGUUACUUUCCUCACAAUGUGAUAUUGUAAAGUAGCGCGUUACUUUCCACACAAUGUGAUAUUGUAAAGUAGCGCGUUACUUUCCACACAAUGUGAUAUUGUAAAGUAGCGCGUUACUUUCCACACAAUGUGAUAUUGUAAAGUAGCGCGUUACUUUCCACACAAUGUAAUAUUGUAAAGUAGCGCGUUACUUUCCUCACAAUGUGAUAUUGUAAAGUAGCGCGUUACUUUCCACACAAUGUGAUAUUGUAAAGUAGCGCGUUACUUUCCUCACAAUGUGAUAUUGUAAAGUAGCGCGUUACUUUCCUCACAAUGUGAUAUUGUAAAGUAGCGCGUUACUUUCCUCACAAUGUGAUAUUGUAAAGUAGCGCGUUACUUUCCACACAAUGUAAUAUUGUAAAGUAGCGCGUUAUUUUCCCACAAUGUGAUAUUGUAAAGUAGUGCGUUACUUUCCACACAAUGUGAUAUUGUAAAGUAGCGUAUUACUUUUGUUAAAUGUAACAAGUAAUAUGUAAUACAUUAGUGUUUCAAGUAACUAAUCCCAACACUGCACCUUACACAAUUACACACACCUCAUCCUUCGUCAUCUCGAUCCUAGGUAAGAACGGUGACAUCGACUAUUGCGAGCUGAACGCUGUCAUUGGCUAUAAGAGCAUCGUGGCGGACCCGGUUACGUUCAGGUCACGGUCGAGCUACGUGACCCUGCCCACACUCCAGGCUUACUACUCCAUGCACCUGUUCCUCCAGUUCAAAACCACCUCACCUGACGGACUCAUACUCUACAACAGAGGAGAUGGAAACGACUUUAUAGUGGUGGAGCUGGUCAAAGGGUAAUUCCCUCAACAUUCAAAUUACAUCCUAUUGACACUAUAUUGUCUGUCUAUACACUACUGCUACUGAACAACAGAGGAGAUGAUAUCAUUUGGUGAAAGGACUAGUCUAUCUGCUAGCUACUCAUGGAUAUGCAGUUCAUAUUAUAAUACUCUAAUCCUAAUCUCCCUCCAACCCUCCCUCCUUCCGUCCCCAGCUACCUCCACUAUGUGUCAGACCUGGGGAACGGGGCUCACCUGAUCAAAGGGAACUCCAACUCUCCUCUUAAUGACAACAACUGGCACAACGUUCUCAUAUCCAGAGACACCAACAACCUGCACACUGUUAAGAUAGAUACCAAGGUCACUACACAGACCACUAUGGGAGCCAAGAACCUCGAUCUCAAAGGUAACACUCAGCCCUUGUCCCUUAUAGCAGUGAGGGCAGUACUGUCAGCUAAGAGAGAGCCAGGUAUGGAGCGUGGAGUUGCCACUCAAGCUGUGCUGUGUUCCUAUAGGUGACCUGUACGUAGGGGGCGUGGCUAAAGAGAUGUACCGUGACCUUCCCAAGCUCGUCCACUCCCGCGAAGGCUUCCAGGGUUGCCUAGCAACCGUCGACCUCAACGGCCGAUUACCCGACCUGCUGGUCGAUGCUCUAGCUACGACCGGACAGGUGGAGAGAGGCUGUGAAGGUACACACACACACACAGGUAUACACACACGCACACCAUGAGCACCUACACAAAAAAACGUAUAGAAAAAAUACACACAUACCAGGACCUCCCCCUUACCAUUGCAUAUCAUAGCUUAUUUUUUUAUUAUUCAAGCUCUUGCUCCAGCUAACAGCUAAUUUUAUUUGUAUUAUUUAAAUUGAUGUUUUAAUUAUGUUGGAGAUUAUCCCACAUGCUUUCUCUUCUCUUUCUCCUCUGUCUCCUCUCUGUCUCCCCUCUCUCUCUCUCUCUCUCUCUCUCUCUCUCUCUUUCGCUCUUUCGCUCUCUCUCUCUCUCUCUCUCUCUUUCGCUCUUUCGCUCUUUCGCUCUCUAUCUCUCUCUCUCUCUCUCUCUUUCGCUCUCUCUCUCUCUCUCUCUCUCUCUCUCUGUCUCUCUCUCUCUCUCUCUCUCUCUCUCUCUCUCUUUCUCUCUCUCUCUCUCUCUCUCUCUCUCUCUCUCCUCUCUCUCUCUCUCUCUCUCUCUCUCUCUCUCUCUCUCUCUCUCUCUCUCUCUUUACUAACCAUCUAACACAAUUAGCUUGUUGUUGUUUUCUUUUUCUUUUUGGCUGACGAAAGUAGCAUUAUUGAAAGCUGCCUUGCAAGGUAGAUCGCUCUGUGUGUACGUGUCUGUGUGUGUUCUUGUGAUCGACUGGGUUCAAACCUGAGUCUCCUGCGCACCACAAGACUGUGUUAGCCCACUGAGCUAAAGUCAAGGCAGUAGCUCAGGGAGCUAACACAUGGGUUCAGGUCUCAGGCAAGGUUACUCUUCAUGUGAGCCACCUCGGUUACACUUGCAGGUACGUGUUUGUGUGUGGUAUGUUCUGACGUGACCUGUCCAGGCCACCGUAAUGACCUCAUCCCCUCAGUGACACCAUUCCUGUUUAAGUUAGACCACACCCUCUUCACCUCCGUCACUUGGAAGCAUGAUUCUAACCCCACCCCCUUCUGUUUAAUCCCUCCCUCCCUGGGGCGGCAGGUAGCUUAGUGGUUAAGAGCGUUGUGCCAGUAACCGAAAGGUCGCUGGCUCUAAUCCCCGAGCCAACUAGGUGAAAAAUCUGUCAAUGUGCCCUUGAGCAAGGCACUUAACCCUAAUUGCUCCUGUAAGUCGCUCUGGAUAAGAGCGUCUGCUAAAUGACUAAAAUGUAAAAUGUCUGUAUCUAACCUAGGGCUGGCCGACCUCAUGGACAGACAGCUACUGGAUGUGAAGUAAAUUGUAAUACCAAUUCAACAAUCCAAAAGUGCUUUUCAUUUUCAAUGAAGAUCAACUCUUGAAGGAAUGGGUUCACUUAAAAUGUGAAUGAAUAUGUUUUUUGUCUGGGCUGUUGUCGAUCAGAGUUUUUAAGGGCUUAUUCUGAUUAUUUUGUUACUUUCAGCAGCCUCUGGUUGACAUUAGCUUUCCUUGUUUCGAAGCUAAAGGAUUUGUCUCUUUCUCUUUCCAGGUCCCAGUACUACCUGUCAAGAAGACUCCUGCUCCAAUCAGGGCGUGUGUUUACAGCAGUGGGAGGGAUUUAGCUGUGAUUGCAGUAUGACAUCAUUCGGCGGACCACUCUGCAAUGACGGCGAGUCACUUCUUAUUUCCUAUGUCCUAUUUCCUUUUUCCUACUUCUUGUUUCAGCCCAUUUUACAACAAGUCAUGUAUCUGUUGUCCACAGCGGGGACCACUUAUAUCUUUGGUCGUGACGGGGGUGUGAUCGUGUACACCUGGCCUCCUAACGAGCGCCCCAGUACACGGGCUGACCGGCUGGCGCUGGGCUUCAGCACACAGCAGAAACGCGCUACGCUGCUACGGGUCGACAGUGCCUCGGGACUGGGGGACUAUCUACAGCUACAGAUAGUAAGGACUACACUGGCCUCUACAGAAUCACUGUGGAACUGCACUGUGUCCUCCUCAACUCAGCACUCUGCUACACUACCAGCUACAACCCUUUAUCUCUUCUUAUCCUCUCUCUCUCUCUCAAUUCAAUUCAAUUUCAAUUUCAAUUUAAGGGCUUUAUUGGCAUGGGAAACGUGUGUUAACAUUGCCAAAGCAAGUGAAGUAGAUAGUAAAAAAAAGUGAAAUAAACAAUAAAUAUUAACAGUAAACAUUACACUCAGAAGUUUCAAAAGAAUAAAGACAUGUCAAAUGUCAUAUUAUGUAUAUAUACAGUGUUGUAACAAUGUGCAAAUAGUUAAAGUACAAAUGGGAAAAUAAAUAAACAUAAAUAGGGGUUGUAUUUACAAUGGUGUUUGUUCUUCACUGGUUGCCCUUUUCUUGUGGCAACAGGGUCACUCUCUCUCUCUCUCUCUCUCUCUCUCUCUCUCUCUCUCUCUCUGUCUCUGUCUCUGUCUCUGUCUCUGUCUCUCUCUCUCUCUCUCUCUCUCUCUCUCUCUCUCUGUCUAUCUCGCUCUCUGUCUCUCGCUCUCUCUCUCUCUCUCUCGCUCGCUCGCUCGCUCUCUGUCUCUCUCUCUCUUUCGCUCUCUCUCUCUCGCUCUCUCUCUCUCUCUCUCUCUCUCUCUCUUCUCUCUCUCUCUCUUCUCUCUCUCUCUCUCUCUCUCUCUCUCUCUCUCUCUCUCUCUCUCUCUCUCUCUCUCUCUCUCUCUCUCUCUCUCUCUCUCUCUCUCCAAUUCAAAUUCAAGCUGCUUUAUUGGCAUGAAAAACAUUGUGUCCAUAUUGCCAAAGCAACAAUGUAUACAAUAUACAUUGUAAGAAAAUAAUAAAGAAUAAUCAUAUAAAAUGGUAGUAAAUAAUAAUAAAUAAAUAAAUAAUAAUAAAAACAACAAUAAAAUGUUAACAGUCAAUAGUAGAAAUAUAAUAAAUAUAAAAGGCUAAACAUGUAAAAUGAAACUAUAACUAACUUAUAACUAACUAACUGUCAUCUCUCUCUCUAUCUAUCUCUCUCUCUCUAUCUCUCUCUCUCUCUCACACUAUAUCUCUCUCUCUCUCUCUGGCUCUCCAUUUCUCUCUCCCCAGGAUAAAGGAAAUAUUCGGGUAGUGUUUAACGUGGGGACAGAUGACAUCAACAUUGAAGAGACUGCUAAAUUCGUUAAUGAUGGGAAGUACCACAUAGUUCGGUUUACCCGCAGCGGAGGCAACGCAACCCUGCAGUUGGACGACCUGCCAAUCAUAGAGCGCUACCCCUCAGGUAGGGACCGACCACAGCCUACACCUGCCUGUUACAGCCAAUCACACAACAGGGCUUCGCUUCUCUUCCUGAAUUAAAGGAAGUGACUAUACAUCGUAACUGUUUCUAUUAGUAUUAAUAUAAAGAUGUUGUAAUGUUGCUGUUACUUAUGUUAUUACUACAUCAUACUACAUUACUAUUAUGACUUGUGUUAUAACUUGCUGAAGAUCAAAUGUGUAUUUUACGAUGUUAUUUUCCUGUUUAAACAUAAAAAAAGAAAUAUGUAGUUACACUUCCCCUGUUGCCUUGACUCCAGGGAGUCUGUACUGACAUCACUGGUCAUUUAUGUUGCCAUGUUAAAUAGUGUGUCACGUAAAUUAACCAUGUAAACAUUUAAUACAGAUAGCAGUUGUGUUUUAUUUAAAAAAGAAAAUAAUAGCCGUUGGGGCAUUUGGCCAAACAGCAACACAAUAAAAAUGUCAAUGUAUUAACUAGACUGGGGGAAAAAACUAAGGGAAAAACUGAUUGUAUUUCUUUUAGCAUUGGGUUUUUAAAAAUGUUAUGUUAUUGUUUUUAUAUUGAGUAUUUAGCUGUUAGCUAAAAGGCUAAACACUAGACAGAGGUGUAUGAGGGUUGAUCUGUUAGCUUUAACAGUGAUUAUCAUUAUUAUUCUGUUGUUUUAUCAAACUCUCUAAACCCAGUCAGAUGUUUCCUGUCUGUCAGAUGUUAAGUAACUGUUUAAAUGUAUCGUUAAAUCAAAGCCCAUGAACAGAAAGUCAAUGUCCGCUUGCUGGCUGCUGCUCAUGAAUGUAACUCUUAUUGAAGUUAAUGACACAGCAACAAUGUUCGGACCGACAGGACCUUGGUCAGGACUUUGACUUUCUCUUCAUGGCUAUUUAUUUUGUUGUCCAGCUCCUGUGCCAGGUGUAAUUACUGUGUUUUCAUCUUUAAAUUAAAGGCAACAUUGAUAACGAGCGCCUGGCCAUCGCUAGACAGAGAAUCCCCUAUCGGCUCGGUCGAAUAGUUGACGAUUGGCUACUCGACAAAGGUAAAAACAUACAUUAAAAUUACUUUAAACUUUCAACUUAAAAGUCAACCUGAAGCAAGUUGAAACAGUGACCAUCCACUAACAUCUAAAAUUAUAAAUCCAUAACUAAGUUUAAACGUUAUAGUAACUGUUAGAGUAUAAUAUUGUCAGACUGUGUAAACUGUAGUGUAACUGUUCUGUUCUGUAAUACAGUAAUUUACUGUAAACUGUAGAUAAAGAGAGAGGUAAUAAUACCAGGUUAAAGGGACAAUGGGAAGAUUCAUCUGAAUAAAUGUGAAACUAAUACAGAUAAAAUGUACUUGUUUAACAUUUUUCCAUAAUAUUGUUUCUCCAAUUGUAAACAUUUAAAGGGGUUCACUUAAGCAUAUAUCAAUGUUGAACAUUAUAAUCUGUAUAGCCAAAGUAAAGUUCAUAAUCAGAUAUUACAUGUAAGACUUGAGAGAUGUUAAAUGCACUGUUUUGUUUCAAAUUGACCUCUUAACCUUCAGCAGAGCACCUUUAAAUGCCUGAAGUCCCUUUAACUGUGACCAGAGACAGAGCUAUGACCUGUGCAUGCUUCAUAGAGCUUCAUAUGUCUUCAUAAUGUUUCCUUCAUUGGGCUUCUUAAGGCUGUAAUAACCAUAUCUGAGGAUAAUCAAUCGAUAUGUCUGAUCAACAUGACUCUCUCAUGAUUCGUCUCCACAGCAACCAUCUCUCAGCUACCUCAUCUCUUCUCUCUUCAUCCUCCUCUUCCUCUUCUUCUCCUCCUCUCUCCCUCCAGCCUCACAUUCCACAGUACGUCUUAGUUUCCUCAUGUCCCACGUCAUCCUUUUAACAUGCUAACAACAGGCUUACAACAUGCUUACGACAUGCUAACAACAUGCUUACAAUACACCAACAUGCUUACAACAUGCUAACAACACGCGUACAACACACGAACAAAAUGCUUACAACACGCUUACAACACGCUCACAACACGCUUACAACACACUUACAACACGCUUAACAACAUGCUUACAACACGUUAACGUCAUGCUUAACGUGUGUAUUAUCAUCACACCGACGACUCCUAUGUAUGCGUCUGUGUGUGUCCAGGCCGCCAGCUCACCAUCUUCAACAGCCAGACGACGGUGACGGUUGGAGGAGGAGAGAAAGAGGGUCAGUUCCAGGGUCAGAUGUCUGGUCUCUACUACAAUGGACUGAAGAUACUCAACAUGGCCGCCGAGGGACACGCCCACAUCCGCCUGGAGGGCAGCACACGAUUGGUUGGGGACAUGCCCGCCUCCUCCAUCACGCCCCAAUCCAGCGCUGCCGCCGGGGGCAACCGAUUAGACCCCGCCGGCGACAUCACCACGACAACCGCAGCAAAUAGGAAGCAAGGAGGAGGAACUACGCAGCAGGUAGGAAGCAAGGAGGAACUAUGCAGCAGG